CCCUCACGAGCCGCAGCGCUUCUGAGGUGUCCUUGGAAACUCCAUGUGCCUCACGCGCGCUGCAGCCGGUCAGGGGUUCAGACCUGAUGCACAGAGCCCGUGAAAGAGUGAUGGAGGCUGAGGUUCGAGAUCACCAUGAAUGACAAAUACCACAAGGCAGCUCGGGAUGGCUACCUUGACUUGUUGAAAGAAGCGACACGGAAGGACCUGAACGCUCCGGAUGAAGAUGGCAUGACACCGACCCUAUGGGCCGCUUACCACGGCAACCUGGAGGCGCUGCGGCUGAUUGUAGGGAGAGGGGGGAACCCAGAUAAGUGUGACAUAUGGGGGAACACGCCACUCCACCUGGCUGCCUCCAAUGGCCAUCUCAACUGCCUGUCCUUCCUGGUGUCGUUUGGUGCCAACGUGUGGUGCCUGGACAACGACUACCACACGCCUCUGGACAUGGCUGCCACCAAGAACCACAUGGAUUGCGUGCGCUAUCUGGACUCCAUCGCUGCCAAGCAGACAGCCCUCAACCCCAAGCUAGUAAGCAAACUGAAGGACCGGGCUUUCCGUGAUGCUGAACGCCGCAUCAAGGAAUGCAUUAAAAUGCAGCAGAAGCACCGACGGCGCAUGGAGCGUAGAUUUCAGAGAGAGACAACGGAAGCAUCGGUCUCUGAUGCCAUGAGCUUCUCCAGCUACGCCAGCAGUACCUUGAGUCGCAAGCUACACCACUUCAACACUGCCACUAAUGUGCCAUACUCCCAGGCUACUCUCCACGCCACAGCCAGGGGCAAAACUAAGAUCCAGAAGAAGCUUGAGAAGAAAAAGCAAGGUGACGGGACAUUCAAGAUUUACGAAGAUGGCAGGAAGAGUGUCCGCUCUUUAUCUGGCCUACAACUAGGCAAUGACGUCAUGUUUCUCAAGCAGGGAACGUACGUCAACCCUAAGGACCGGUCUCGUCGUAACAUACGUGACAUGUUCCCUAGUGACAACGAGGAUGCCGUCUCACGUGCCAUCAGCGAACCCGACUUGCACGGUCAUGAUGUGGACUACUCGGAGAUCAGCACCGACUCCGGCCACGACUCGCUCUUCAAUCGUCCCGGCCUGGGAACCAUGGUUUUCCGCCGCAACUAUGUGAGCGGUGGACUUUUUGGCAUCGGGAGCAGAGACGAAGGCAGUCUAGCAGGCAGCGAACGGGUCGAUAACGUGCGCCUUCACAGCCGGAUGCAUCGCGUGCCCAGCCUGGACGAAGAUAGCAUCGGAAGCGCCCGUAGCCUGCAAGAGAGGAACAUGCAGGAGCUGCCAUGGGACGAGGUGGAGUUGGGGCUGGAUGACGAUGAUGAGCCUGACACCAGCCCUCUGGAAGUGUUCCUAGCCACGCAGAACAUGAACGAGUUCAUUCCUAUCUUCAAAAGAGAAAAGAUUGACCUGGAUGCCCUGCUGCUGUGCUCAGAUGAUGACCUCAAGAGCAUUCACAUCCCCUUGGGGCCCCGCAAGAAGAUCAUAGACACCUGUCAGCGCCGAUUGGAGACCAUUGAGGACCCAGGCUGCAUAGAAGACACUGAGUUUUGAAGUUUUGCCCCAAAAAACACCAUAUGCUGGGUAGUUAUGUUUUAAAGUAUGGCAACUGGUUUGAGCUGGUUUAAACUAGUCCUUAGUUGGUCAUGAGCUGAUUUAAGCUAGUCCUGAGUUGGUUAUGAGCUGGUCCUUUGCAGGAACUAAUUGCUUAAGACCAGCUUAAGACCAGUUUAGGACCAGCACAAGACCAGCUUAAACCAGCUGCCAUGCUUCAAAACAUACCUAACCAGCAUAUGAUGUUUUUUUCAACAGGGAUGUCUGUUUUUACCUCAGUGAAUGUUGAAAAAAGCAAGAGUUUACAGAACCAUUGUUUCACUUUUUCUUUAAGAUAGUCACUUCAUCAACAUUUGGCCAAUGCACCAGAUAUGCAAAAGAAACAAGUCUAAAUCAGUCCUGCUCCUGCAGGGCCAGUUUAGCUGCAAAGUUUAGCUCUGGAAGUUUCUACUGAUCCUGGAGACCUUGAUUAGCUGGUUCAGGUGUGUUUAAUUGGGGAAGUCAAUGAAAUGAAAACAACCUGUGGUAUGAAGACCUGUGGUAUUGUCAUAAAAUUUUUAUAGAGAGGUUUAUAGAGGACCAAUGUUGAAAUAGCUGAAAUAUGAUCUCUCUAACAGCUGGCUUCAUUACCUCUUUAACUGACACAAACAACACUAUAUGCAUAAAAAUGGUAAUUCAGUUCAAGUUGAAUGGUUAUCACGUGUCAUGUGGCAAAUGCAGAGAGUGAAAAUGAGGUCAAAUCUCAUUACACGCACUCUUAAUCUCAUAUUUCUGCCCCUGUGGGGCAUGUAUCUCAGUGCCUGUGCUUUCUGUGCCUGCACAUUUCUAGACAAAAUGUCAUUUAAGACAUAACUUGUGUAUGUAAGUUGACAAAUGUUGACAAAUUCCUUUUUUGACACACAAAGCUCAUUUCGUGCUACACAUGGUGGUAAUUGUACCGUUGCUAUUCUUGUUAAUACACAUAUUUGGUUAGUUGUUAUUGUGAGCUAUAAAUGGUGAAAUGUACAGUAAAUGGAUUAACAAAAUCUGACAUCAGUGUUGCUGUUGUGGGGACUGUAUGUAGGAUAAAAGCACCCUCACAUUAUGUUACACAUAAUGUUUACAUGUAUCUGGCCAUAACGCGUUUUUUUGAAACAUAAGUAAUUGGAUGAGUUGUAUGACGCAUGGUUGAGUUGAUGUACACAGCGAACCCUUUGUUGAUCCUGGAGCUUUAACUUGCGGAGUGUAGCAUUCAUUACCGCCGAGUCAUUUCGUUUAUCAUAACAGUAGUUUCUUGUUGAACUUAUGUAUAUUGUCAGUAAACAGUAUGGUUCAUGCACAGGUCUGCAGUGCAGCAGGUUAUUGAAAGCCUAUCUGUUUUAAAGUUUUUACAUGAUGUCUUCCUUCAAUAUUUAUGAACACAAACAGCAUUUACAGCCAUGUUUUAUAAUGCGUACAUCAACUUUAUUCAUAAUGUUAUUUGUUGGUAGUAACUAUUAAAUUCAUAAUCUUGAAAUUUUUGCAAAAUGUGUUUCGUUUGUCUGAUCAUUUGAUUACCGUGUUGACAUUUUAUGUGGAAAAUG